GGAGUGAAAGAGCAGAUGCUGGUGACCUCAUUAUUUUUCUUAUGCCUGCCACAGGUACAUCAUCCGUUUGGGUAUUGUGUUUAAGUUCUCUUUGUUCCCUCUAAAUAAGGCUUUCAAUUAUUCAGCAGUUUUGCUAAAUAAGUGUUACAGUUAUCCAACAGAGGAAUAUUUGGGGAUUUUUUUUUUUUCCUUUGGUAUAUGCAAAGCACUCUUAAUUUUUGCCUGGGACAGCUGUUGUUGGGCAAGGGAUAAUCAUACCGUCAGUCAAGCGUAGGCUUCAAGGCUUCAGUAACAUCGUUUUCAAACCUUCUGCUUAUUUCAACAGUUUAUGGUGCACUUGGAAAAUUCAACAUGUUAUGGUAAAUGAGGUCUUUCUCGUUUCCAGACUUCUCCUUUGAAAAGCAUCUCAGCUAAAUGACUGCACUUCAAUUCAGGGCUGUAGAAGGUAUUUCUUCCCGUGGAGUCACAAAUUUGUAACACAUUGGGGUUUUUCUGAUCCUUGUUACCUCUUGCUAGGCAGAGCAGCCUUCCAUGUGCACGUGGCCAUGUUGGUUCACUCCGAGUCCUCCCAGGUGUAUGGCCACCAAUGCCACUCACGGGUGGCAAUGAGCAAAUAGCUAUCAGGAAAUGCUAUCAGCAACCUUGCGUUUGAAGAGACUCUCCAAUCAACCUUGAUAUUGACUUUCAGAAAGUAUCUUUGUUGUCCUAUUGGAAGAAGGAUUAUGGGAUUCUUUUUCUAUUGAUUGAGUUUCAAAACUGCGAUUAAUGUGUUUGAAGAAUACUGGACUGUCAGAGCUGAACAUGGAGGUUGUCUCUCUUCUGAAAAGACAAAUUCAAAGCAGGAGAAGUAACACCAGCAUUGGAUAAGGUCUAUUUUUGGCAAAAUAACAGAACAUACCUGUUUUAAAACAGAAAAUGAACUAAAUUCAUGGGUUUAAUUUCUAUUUUCAUAUAGACAUGUUAUUAUACCUCAUGCCCAGGACUAGACUGAGAGUGUCACCCACUGCCCACCACAUGGGGGAGGAGAGGAAGAACAAGGCAUCCACAUUUAGCAUCCUUACUGAAACCACAAGAAAUAGCUAUGAGGUGUACAAGGAAACAGCAGACUGGUUGCGUGCCCACACUGCUCAGUGCCCAAAGAUUGCCAUCAUCUGUGGAUCUGGGCUGGGAGACCUGGCAGAUAUGCUGGAGCACAAGAUGGUCUUUCCCUAUGAGGAUAUCCCUCACUUCCCACGGAGCACAGUGUCAGGGCACACGGGCAGGCUGGUGUUUGGGGAGCUGAGCGGGCGGCCGUGUGUCUGCAUGCAGGGACGCUUCCACUUCUACGAGGGAUACUCCAUCAGCAUGGUCACCUUUCCCAUCAGGGUCUUCUUUCUCCUGGGGGUGGAGAUUUUGAUUGUCACCAAUGCUGCUGGGGGGCUGAACCCCAACUUCCAGGUGGGGGACAUCAUGCUCAUUAGAGAUCACAUCAGCAUGUUUGGCAUGGGAGGGCAGAACCCACUGCGUGGCCCAAAUGAUGAGAGGUUCGGUGUGAGGUUCCCCUGCAUGUCUGAUGCCUAUGACCAAGAUCUGUUCAGCCUGGCGAUGGAGAGUGCACAGGAGCUGGGCUUCCUGGGCUUCACCCGAGAUGGGGUGUACUGCAUGAUGGCAGGUCCCUGCUACGAGACCAUCGCCGAGUGCCGCCUGCUGCAGGCCCUGGGAGCAGAUGCUGUGGGCAUGAGCACUGUGCCAGAGGUGAUUGUGGCCCGGCACUGUGGUCUGUGUGUCCUCGGGCUGUCCCUCAUCACCAACACAGCAGUGAUGAGCUAUGGCAGUCAGGAGAAAGCCAGCCACGAAGAUGUUCUGCGUGUCUCAGCAGGCCAGGCCAAAGCCCUGCAGAAGUUGGUUGUGCACCUCAUUGGCAAGCUCGGCCCAAAUUCCCCCUGAUCUCAACCAUUUAACAUCCGAAUCACAGCGCAUGGAUGCUAGGAUGUGCCAAGGGAGAGCCCUUGGUGAGCUGGUCCCAUUCUGGUUUUCCAGUUUGGAACAGAUUGUUGGUUUCUCUUUCUGGUUGGGAUGGUCCCACUCUGAUGUCCCAACUGGGAGGAGAUGGUUGAGCUUUGUCUCUGUGCUUUAGCUAGUUGGAUGCUGAGGUUUGCUUUGAAUCUUGCCACAAUGAUCCCCUUUUUGGUAGCCAGCUCCCUUGUUGGCCUAGGAAAGUCCUCUGCUGGCCUGUGGAAAGAUUGAGCUUUCCAUUGAAGAAGAAAUUGAACCUAGGACACAUCAGGGGCCACCUCGCUCUCAUUAUCAGCAUGCUGAUGGGCUAUGAGGGAAAGGUGACUGUUCCCCAUAUCAGUGCAUUAUUCAUUAUUCCCCAAAGGUCGGACUGUGGCUGAGUGUGAAGCAGGAGCUGUAAUUAUGAGGUGACUUUUUACAUUCAUUUAUCUUGGAGCUCUCCAUCGAGCCCACUGCUGUCAGAACUGACUGCUCACCAAUGACACAGGCUGAACCCAGCAGCCCAGCUCAUCAUGGAGAGCUUCCAAUCUGCCUUCCUAAAUUUAGUGGAUCAAUUGCACGCCAGCGCUCUGUGUAGGCUUCAGCCCACUGUGACAUCCCUUUGGCUUGGGGCACAGAAGGAUGCUGUGGCUCAAUGAGUUUGUCUGGGUGGGUAUUUGGGGCCCUCUGUGUUGGUGCCGAGGGAUGAUGCUGUGUUGGGAGUGAUGCAGAUGUUGGCAACACCAGAAUUAUAGGAUGGUUUGAGAUGGAAAGGACCUUAAAGGCCCUCUGCUCCACUCCCUGCACUGAGCAAGGACACCCACAGCUCCAUCAGUGCUCAG